GACUGACAUCAUCGAUCAGAAGCAACAUGGCGGCCGUUCUGUUGUGGGCACGUCGGUCGCAAGUGUGAGGCACAAAUCGUCGAAUUUUAUCGAGUUGCGGGGCUCGGACAGCGUCCGAUCUUCAGCAUGGGGAACAAGGACAGCAAGCCCUCGAUUAUCCCCUACGAAGAUGCCAUUAAAAGAGUUACUGAGGAAGAAAUCAAGCGUAUCAGGGAGGCAUUCAAGCGAUAUUCUACUCCUGCUGGGUACAUGAGCCGGCCUGUCUUCGUGAAGGAUGUACUCGGAGAUGGCAUGCCAGCAAAACUUGGAGAGCACCUGUACUGUGCUUUUGGAGGGACCAACAAGGGCUUGGUCUUCAAGGAUCUGUUCACCGGCUUGGUGCUUCUGGCCAGGGGAUCCCAGACAGAGAAACUCAAAUUCAUCUUUGCCCUGUGUGCCAGCCAUGACAGUGGCAUGUACAUCAGUCAGGACGACUUGGAAAAAUUCAUCUCCACCUGUGAUGGAAGCCCACCUCCCCAGGAAGUUGCUCAGCUGUUCAGAGAGGAUGAUCGGGCAUCGUAUGAGCAGUUCUGUUCCUGGCUCCUGAAGCACAGUCAUGUGAUGAAGCUGUCGGCAUGGUUACUGCAGGAUUCCAACAAACCGGGGCUGCGGUUGUCGGAUGAGAGCGACACGCCCACAUUCUAUCAGACCCUUGCCGGAGUCACACACUUGGAGGAAGCAGACAUCAUUGAGUUAGAGAAGAAAUACUGGGCACUGCAAGCGCAAUCCAAGACGGGACGCUUUGACUUGGACACAUUCAUUCCACUCAUUUCACCUCCUAUGCCCAAGGAGCUAUGUGAAGGAGUAUUCAAUGCAUUCGAUGUGAACGGUGACAAUCACAUCGAUCUGAAGGAGAUGGCCUGUGGUCUGUCAGCAUGCUGUAGAGGCCCACGGGCAGAGAGGCAAAAAUUUUUCUUCAAGAUAUUUGACACGGAUCUGGACGGCUUACUGAACAGAGAAGAGCUGGAGAAGAUGGUGAAAAGCCUGAUCAACGUCCGGCGAGAAAACAGAGUGGGACAAGAAGUGGAUUUCCGGUCGGUGGAGAACUUGAAUCCUGCCAACAUUGCAGCUGACAUCUUGUCCAAUCACGAUGGAGAUAAUGACGAGUGCAUCACGCAGGAGGAGUUUCAGAUGUGGGCGUUCAAGAACAGCCUUCCUGAUGACUUCUGCAAACUCCUCUUCCAGGUUUGCCACAUCAUCCUGGGCCUGAAACCCCAGACCACCGAAGAAGAGAAAGACGUCAUCCUAGGCUGGGUGGAGAGAGAGAAGAGACGGGGCUUGAGACUGACGCAGACCUGGUACCUCGUCUCCAUGCAGUGGUGGAGGACGUGGAACCACUACGUCGCUCACAGGCCGCCCAUCAACCAUUCCCAGGCCAGCUCCAACUCUUCCCAGAAUUCCGUCGGCUCCCUGAGCCGGCCGGCCAAUCACCAGGCCUGGAGUGAGCAACGGUCACGGAGCCCCCUCCUCUCCCGUCGGAUCACUCACCAUAGCAACGGGACGGGCUCGGCCCCCAACAGCCCCACCCGAUCCCCCAAGCGAUCCAAUUCCGGCAACCAGGGGAGCCUGGGGCCCCCUAAGCCGGGGAUGAUUGAUAACACCUGCCUCAUCAUGCCUGACAAUAGGAAGGUCGGGACGUUGACUAAUGAGGGAGGGCGGAUGAAACGGACCCCGCCCCUAAUCCAGGGCAAGGAUUAUGAGGUCAUCCCGGAGCCUGUCUGGAAAGCUCUCUCACAGUGGUAUGCUGGCGGGCCAGCGCUGCCCAGAAAUGUGAUAGUGCCUUUGGAAGGGGAGCCCAGCGCAACCUUAGAGCUGUACCCCAUCAGUGUACGUCUGCUCAGACAUCAGACGGUACAGCAGAGACAGAAUGCAUGGAACGGGGUUAACAUUGGCAAUGUCUCUAUAGGUGCCGGGGGCAUCAGCUUCAACCAGCACAACAGCUCCACCCCACCAGCCCCUAAGCGCUACCUGGCCUACACGGCCUGCUUCAGCAAGAUGCACACCAUGCAGCAGAUCUAUGAGUUCCUGUCGGUCCGACUGCGCAUCCGCAGCGAGGAGAUGAGACUCUGGAAUCUCAAAGACGAGAGCAACCCCAUCCUUCUUGAGGAUGACUCCAGCACCAUGGAGCAGCAAGGCAUCACGGAAGACCAGCCUAUCCUGAUUGAGGUCAGGAACAAGGAUCUGAGCUGGCCAGAAGAGAUGUCGCUGCUCGCCAAGAGCAAACAGGACAAACAGAAACAAGUUGUCCGGACGGAGAGUGGCCUGACAGGGAUGAGUAACCUUGGCAACACGUGCUUCAUGAAUGCCGCCAUCCAGUGCAUCAGCAAUACUCAGCCGCUCACGAUGUACUUCAAGUCCGACUCAUUCCUAUAUGAACUCAACUCAACCAACCCCUUGGGCAUGAAGGGUCAUGUUGCUAAGCGAUAUGGUGACCUCAUCAGGGAACUGUGGGCCGGCAAUGCCAAGAGUGUCGCACCCCUCAAACUCAGGUGGACUAUUGCCAAGUACGCACCGCGCUUCAACGGUUUCCAGCAGCAAGACUCCCAGGAGCUUCUAGCCUUCCUAUUGGACGGUCUCCACGAAGACCUGAACCGAGUCCAGGAGAAACCCUACGUUGAGCUGAAGGACAGCGACGGACGACCCGAUGAAGAAGUCUCGCAAGAGGCAUGGGAGAACCACCUGAGGCGGAACCAGUCUGUCAUUGUAGACCUGUUCCAGGGACAGCUCAAGUCUCAGGUCCGAUGCAAGACCUGCGGUCACACCAGCGUGCGCUUCGAUCCGUUCAUCUUUCUGUCCCUACCCCUGCCCAUGGAGAGCUCCAUGCAUGUGGAAAUUGUCGUUGUGCUGUUGGACGGCUCAGUCCCCAUCAAGUACGGACUAAGACUGAACAUGGAAGCCAAGUACAAGGCCUUCAAGAAGCAGCUAGGUGAACUGUGUGAUCUGCAACCUGACCAGCUACUACUGGUGGAGGUUGGAGGGGCCAUGGUCAGGAGUUUUCCAACAGACACCCAGAAGAUUCGGACGUUGCUAGGCGGACUAUUGUACUGCUAUGAAAUUCCAUUAGUUACAUCGUCACAAACAACGUCGGCAAAUAAACAGCCAAUCAGCACACAGGGCGCCAUCCAAUCAGAAAGCCUCGUCAAUCUCCAGCCCCUCCCCAAUCUCCAACCCCUCCCCCCGAUCAACUCCCCGACCCCUGACCCCAUCACCGCCUCCCAUCAGGCCCCGCCCAACGGUGUGGUCCGCUGUAACCACGGCGGCAGUGCCUCCUACCAGGCCACCAGCGUCAGCAUGACUCGCGUGGGAGAGGGAGGGGGAGUGGUCAGCGAGAAUGGGGAGGCGGGACAGGGCACGCCCAGUAGGCCCAACGGGGAUGUGGUUUCUGAGAGGCUAGGAGAUUCCCCCACCCCGGUCAAGCAGCAUAGCCGCACUCCCAGUACGGCUAGUGCCAACAGCAGUGUAGGCACUGCCCAGCCCACGGUCUAUAGCUUUGAAGGCUUCGUCAUUGCCAUGCAUCGCAAGAUGAUGCGUAUGGACAUGUACUUCCUAUCCUGGCAAAAGAGUCGUCCGUGUCUGUUUGGCAUCCCCCUCAUCCUGCCCUGCGUCUCUGCCUCCACUACCCACGAGGAGCUCUACGCCUCGGUCUGGAUGCAAGUCAGUCGACUGGUCAGCUCCACGGCACCGAUGGAGAAUGGACACAAGAACCAUGCUGAGGACGGUGACAGUCCACGCCACAGUUACCCAUUCACCUUGAAAGCUGUGCAGAAAGAUGGUAUCACAUGCGCCUGGUGUCCAUGGUACAGAUUUUGCCGUGGUUGUGAGAUAUCUUGCACUGCAGACCCAUUCACCUCCGGAACUACUUUCUUGGCUAUUGACUGGGACCCGACCGCAUUACACCUGAGGUAUCAAUCCUCACAAGAGAGGGUUGUGACAGAGCACGAGAGCGUAGAGAAGAGCCGACGCUUACAGACAGAGCCCAUCAGCCUGGACGACUGCCUACGAGCCUUCACCAAGGAGGAGGAACUAGGAGAAGAUGAGCUGUACUACUGCUCCAAGUGUAAACACCACCGGCUGGCCGUCAAGAAGCUAGACAUCUGGAGACUACCACCAAUACUGGUCAUCCAUCUGAAGAGGUUCCAGUUUGUGAAUGGUCGCUGGGUCAAAUCCCAGAAGAUCGUCAAGUUCCCCAAGGAGCACUUUGACCCGUCCAACUUCCUGGCACCCCGGAAUCCCUUGGACUUCCGGAACCUGAUCAUGGGCCGGCAACGGCCCCGCAGCGAGAUGCUGAUGUUGGAAGAAGAAGCAAAAUUAGAGGAAGGAGUCACGGAGAAAUCGGAGGAGGAGGCGGCGACAGCGGGGAAAGGAGAAGGAGACAGCCUGGGCCCGCAGGGGGGCGUUUGCGUCAACACGAUCAAAGUGAACGACGGGUGCUCCACAAAAGACAGAACGGAGAGUCACUCAGAAUGCACCUGCGGUAGAAAUGCCGAACUCCCCGAACGUUCGGACGAACUUGAAAAGGCGCGCGACUCCGGCACUGAAAACCACAACGAGAACUCGUCUACCGGUAGCGCGGGGGAUGAACGGAGCUCAGGGGACGAGGAGGGGGGCGAGAGGGGGAAGCUGGCCAGGCAGCGGUCCUUCCUGGGCCCGCCCAUGGACGCGACCGACGCCCACCCGCUACUUAAAGGAGAAACGGAAGAGGAUCGGGACGAGAACGGGCUGGGUCAGAAUCUGUACAGCCUCUACGGUGCAGCCUGCCACAGUGGGAUCCUGGGCGGUGGUCACUACGUGGCCUAUGCGGUCAACCCCAACAAGAAGUGGUAUUGCUACAACGAUAGUAGCGUCAAGGAGGUCAAAGACGAGAUCGACAAGGACAACGCCUACAUGCUCUUCUACGAGCGGCACGGCCUGAGCUACGCCGACUUCAUCCCGGACGUGCGCGGCAGGGAGGCCGACACCACGCCGAUUGAUGACGACAUCGAGGCCGACUACAAGCGGUUCUGCGUCAUCCAAUGACUAGUGGAGCGAGGCAGGCUGGGGGCGGUGCUGGGCUCGUGGCUUCUCUGGCUCUGGAUGUCGGCGCGCUACGGCGUGCACACCUGCAGCGCCAUGAUCAAGCGCUGAAGACAUUUCAUUUCUCAAUAUUUUUGUUCGUUUUUUCCUCAUUCCCAUUAUUUCUUGUCCAAUUUCCUCCGUUCUUUCCAAUCUCUUGUUGCAUUCCUUGGCUGUGAUUUCUCAGCGCAGAAUUGUUCUCAAAUGAAGAGCCAGCAAGUGUUUCAUUCUAGUUCGCGUUUGUCUAGUGUCAGUUUUGGGCUCUAGACCUGAAAGUUAAGUCCAAUUUUCUUUGCUCGCUGAAACAUUCAGUUCGUUUUCUACUCAGUGUACAUGUAGCUCCUCUCUUGAAAUUCAUUUAAAACAAAUGUAACUUAAGAAACUA